AUGGAGAAACCACCUCCAUUUGUUACUCAGGGGGAGUCAUUGAAUAUGGUGUAUAGGUUACACAUGUCUCUUUAUGGUCUUAAGAAAUCUCUGAGAGCUUGGUUCGACAGAUUUAGCGCUGUAGUACAACAAUUUGGUAUGGUCCGUAGUGAAGUUGACCAUUCUGUUUUUUAUCGUCACUCAAUCCAAUGGUGUAUUUAUCUUAUUGUGUAUGUAAAUGAUAUUGUCAUAACUGGUAGUGAUCAGCAGAGUAUACUCCAGUUAAAACAACAUCUCUCGAAUCAAUUUCAGACAAAAGAUCUUGGUAAAUUACAUUAUUUCUUGGGUAUUGAGGUAGCCCAAUCUAAAGAUGGUUUGGUGAUUUCUCAGCAGAAAUAUGCUAUGGGUAUUUUAGAAGAAACAAGUUUGUUGAAUGCUAAACCAGCUGAUACUCCUAUGGAUCCAAGUGUCAAACUACUACCCAAUCAGGGGGAGCCUCUAUCUGACUUAGGAAGGUAUAGGAGAUUGGUUGGAAAGUUGAAUUAUCUCACAGUCACUCGUCCAAACAUUUCUUUUGCAGUUAGUGUGGUAAGUCAGUUCUUCAAUUCCCCUUGUCAGGAACACAUGACUGUUGUUAUCUGGAUUCUGAGAUACAUCAAAUGUGCUCCAGGAAAAGUUCUAGUGUAUGAAGAUAAAGGACAUACUCAGAUAAUUGGAUACUAUGAUGCUGAUUGGGCAGGGUCACCUAUUGAUAAACGAUCCACCUCUGGGUAUUGUGUACUUGUUGAAGGAAACCUUAUAUCCUGGAAAAGUAAGAAACAAAACAUAAUUGCAAGAUCAAGUGCCGAGGCAGAGUAUAGGGCCAUGACAAUGGCAACAUAUGAACUUAUUUGGUUAAAACAAUUUCUCAAGGAACUUCAAAUUGAAUAA